AUGUCGGACCCGGACGAUUGGACAGACUUCGGCCUACAGAGGCUGUUUAACCCGAACAACAGUGAGUACUUGCCCAUAGAGGAGCAGUUGAAACUGUACAAAAAACGUGACUUGUUACAGACAAAAUUUUACACCACCGCUGCUAAAAUAUUCGGAGCACCGCAAAGCCGGAAACGGGUUAUUAUUGCGCCGCCUAUGCAGAAGGCGCCGAAACGAAAGCACGAAAAGGAAUGCGUUAGACGCGAAAGAGAAGACCUGGACGAGCACGCUAAGUCCCUGACGAGUGGCGCGAAUAAGUCCAAAGAGAGAGAUGAAUCACCAACCGUGGCGAUUGGAGAAGCCAGUAAACAUCGCUUACGUCAGCAACAGCUCGACUCCAUGCGUGAGGAGUACCAGCCAUGGUUACAAGAAAGGCGAAAUCAGCGACAUGAACUUGAGAAGUUAGACAAUUGCACUUAUGAUUUUCUAACGAACAAAUCGGACAAAAGUCCACAAGAACAACAUUAUUAUUGUAAAACGUACGGUACAACUGAACGGAAGUUAAUAACGGUCAUAGAUGAGGAUGACGUGUCCAUCAUCUCAGAUCUAUCAUCCGAUUCGUCACUCGAUAGUUUUAUCCAUGAUAAGCGCCUAUCACGUUCUCCCAAAAGUCGAGAGGGUAUACGAAGUCAAGACGGACCGAGGCACCCAUGCUCGGUGGGAUUUCAGACGCCAAUAAUACACCAGCCGUCACCAGAAUCGUUGGCCAUUUUAGCGGGGUAUAUUCACCAGAAUAGAAUUCGACUAAUAGAGUUGUUUAUGAGAGUCGAUAAACAUAAAAACUGGAAAGUGAGUCGGAUGAAUUUUCAACGCUGUAUUGCUGAGGCACAUAUACCAAUGUCAGACGAGGCGCUGGACGAAAUCAUGAGAGUGCUAGACACCGAUGAAACGGGCGAGUUGGAUUAUCGCAGACUCGUUUAUGCAAUGAAGCAGUACAAAGAGGAAAUGAGAGAACUUGUGAGAGAGAACAGUAGUGCAGAAAAUGGCAAUGAUCUGGUGAAUGAAAGAGAAUAUUCCCCAGUGAGAUCUAGAAGUCAAUCUUUCACUUGUUUAUCGAGAGAGUCGUCUACGUUGACCCCGACUCCACCUUUCAGGGGUUCCAUGAUUUCUCCGUCCCGGUUAUCACCCACUGCACGACGGGCACAUUCAGCGUCUUCUGCCAGAAGCAAUCAUGAUUCGAUCGGUGACGGUGAGGACACUCCGGUGAACAGCGACCUACUGUUUGUACCACCGCCAGAUUUAUCGGAGCAAAUAGCGAUGAGUCCCGAUGACCUGAUCAUUAAACGAAAACGCGAAAAGGUGUUCAAUAAAAUGGCUGGACUGUCCCUGCAAAAGAAGGCGUCGCUGCGAUCGGGUGAGCCAAGCCGUAUCGACACCGGAGACUCGGCUGUGGACGACUUUGCUAAAUAUAGCACCCUCAACGGCGACAUAGCAUUAAUGGCAGACAGGUAUCGAGAGGAUCACGUGACUCAGUUCAGAGAGGUUUUGUGGAGAUGUGAGAAACGAAAGGCGAAUAUCAAACAAGAAGUCUUGGAAAAGGGCCUACUUUUCCCUGGUGACAAACCGCUGAGUGACGUACAGUUGAAGAUACGACAACCGGAUCGCCUACUGUCUCGGAGAGCUGGACGCCAUUUUGCCCGUCAUUGCAAACGAAUUACAGCGAAGCAGCAAAAAAUAUUGAAGAAACUGAACAAAGGAGCCAGAGAAGAAUCCGGCGACGAACUCGAAACAAAAAAACUGCCGGAAAUAGAAAAUAGGGACAGAUUAAUAUCAGUGUGA